GUCAAUAGAGAAAAACAUGUCGCUGUCGAUGUGAUUUACGUGAUAUCUUGUUUUCUUUUCAUCGUUUCGAUCCAUUAAAAUGGCUCGUGUGUCUUAUGUGUCACGGACUUGUGGGAUAUUAUUUUUAUUUAUUUUACAAGUGCACGCUACAAAGAAUUUAACGGUUGAACCGUGGAUAGUGUCUUUUAAAGUAGAAGCGAAAUCGUGCGUAAAUUUUCGAUGUAAAUAUUUAUUAUUGGUGAACGGUAGUGAAUUUUUGGGACAUAAUUCCUUAAGAUUAACGUCCAGUGAAGGCGCUAGGGGUAGUGAUUGUGAUACGAUAUACCCGAAUUACGAAUUAAGAGAAAUUGAAACAUCGCAGUGGCUUACGAGGCUUGAAAUAUACGUACCGAAAGUGAGUGAAAAAUUAUAUUUUUGUUUGCGGCAUACGGAACAAGAGAAUACACCAGUUGGAGGAAAGUGGAUUCAUCAAGGAGGAGAUUUAUAUUUGCAUCCUGAUAUCGACGACAGUUCAUCUUUAAAUAAAGCCAACAGAUUAGAAAAAUUUGAUGAAAACGAUAAUGAUAUCAAACAGGAAACGAGCACAAAAUGGACGGAUCUAUCUCACGAUACAAUCGUCAAUUAUCUACAAAGCGUAAAGAGGCCGACAAGAGAAGAAGCAGACGAUAUAGAAGUAUACGUACGUAAUAAAUAUUAUCCAUUGAACAGCAUUCGUGAUGCGGAAAACUCUAUAAAUGAAAUGAAGUACAACAGACUCAGUAAUGAUAUUUUAAAGAACGUCGAUCGACAAGAUUUUAGAAUGCUAAACGAUAGAAGGAAACGAGAAAUAAUCAAGGAUAUGCGUUUCAAUGAGAAAGACAGAGACGCAAGUAUUCCCAGUGGUCUGACUUCAAACGACGGAAUCAUCGCCAAUCGUCAAAUUCGUGAUUUUUCCGUCGUAAGAAGCACGGAUCCAAUAAAUAUAGAUGGUCUUAGGAUUGAAGAUUCGGAUAAGGAGCCGAAAAUUGUCGAAGAUGGUAUACCUAGUGUGUUAGGAGAGUCCAAAGUUGUACUUAGGCUUUUCGGUCAAGGUUUGACUGAAAAAACGGUGAUUGCAUUUACACUCGACCCUCUACCGUUCGGACAACCUUGUAAAUUCCUUCUGAAAGGCGAAUACUUGGCGGUGGAGGGAUCAGUGACUCAAAGGUCAGCGUUAUUCGACGUAACCACGCCAUCCGCACUAAUCGCCCCGAAGCUAUACAUAUGCGCGAAGAAUCUGAAGCCCGGAAUCACCGAUCCCGGGGAUGACGAGGAGAAAUUUUCACACCAAGGAACUGAACAUUGGAAGGUCAUCGCGAUCCACAGCAAGUUGCUGCCGUUAUGGGUUUCGUUGACCCUCAUUAUGAUUUGCCUGAUGUUCUCUGCGCUUUUCUCCGGCUUAAACUUGGGUUUGAUGUCGUUAGACCGGACGGAAUUGAAGAUCAUAUCGAAUACAGGAACGGAACAGGAGCGAAAAUACGCGAGAGCGAUAAUGCCGGUCCGUGAUCACGGAAACUACUUGCUGUGCAGCAUUCUACUGGGGAAUGUCGCCGUUAAUUCGACGUUCACGAUACUGUUGGACGAACUGACGUCUGGUCUAUUCGCUGUUAUAUUUUCGACUUUGUCGAUCGUAUUGCUCGGCGAGAUAACGCCUCAAGCGAUAUGUUCGAGACACGGACUCAUGGUUGGGGCGAAAAGUAUCAUGAUAACUAAAGCAGUUAUGGCCCUCACGGCGCCCCUAGCGUUCCCGGUGAGCAAGCUCCUCGACUACUUCCUCGGCGAGGAAAUCGGUAAUGUCUAUAAUAGAGAACGUCUAAAGGAGCUGGUGAAGGUAACAACGGGCGUGAACGACUUGGACAAGGACGAAGUGAACAUCAUCUCCGGUGCCCUCGAACUCCGCAAGAAAACGGUCUCCGACGUGAUGACGAAGCUGGAGGAUGUGUUCAUGUUGCCAAUCACGUCGGUGCUGGACUUCGAGACUAUGUCGGAAAUUAUCAAGUCUGGCUACUCCCGCAUCCCGGUGUACGAGGCUACCCGCGAAAACAUAGUGACGGUGCUGUUCAUCAAGGACCUGGCCUUCGUCGACCCCGACGACAACACGCCGCUGAAAACGCUCUGCCAGUACUACCAGAACCCUUGCAAUUUCGUCUUUGAAGAUGUCACUCUGGAUGUGAUGUUCAAGCAGUUUAAGGAAGGUCACAAGGGUCACAUGGCCUUCGUCCACCGGAUCAACAACGAGGGCGAGGGCGACCCCUUCUACGAGACCAUUGGCUUGGUCACAUUAGAAGACGUCAUCGAGGAGAUGAUACAAGCAGAGAUUGUCGAUGAGACCGAUGUGUUCAUGGACAAUCGGACGAAACGGCGUCGCAAGAGACCCAUGCACAAGCUGCAGGACUUCGCGGCGUUCGCGGAGCGACACGAACACCAACGCAUCCAUAUAUCUCCGCAGCUCACUCUGGCCACAUUCCAGUUCCUCAGCACGAGCAUUGAGUACUUCAAGCCCGACUCCGUGUCGGAGACGGUGCUGCGUCGCCUGCUGAGGCAGGACGUCAUCCAGCACAUCAAGAUGAAAGGGAAGACCAAGAAGGAGCUCAGCACAUACGUCUAUCAGCAGGGAAAACCGGCGGACUACUUCGCGCUGAUCCUAGAGGGUCGUGUGGAAGUGACGGUUGGAAAGGAGAACCUGGUGUUCGAGGCGGGACCCUUCACUUACUUUGGAGUGCAGGCGCUGGCGCAGAACCUCGGGAUCGCGGAGUCCCCGACGCCGUCGGCGAUGGGCUCGCUGCAGAACAUCAGCAUGGAGGCGAUGCUGCGCCACACCUUCGUGCCCGACUACUCCGUGCGCGCCGUCGCCGACGUGUUCUACCUCGCCGUCAGGAGGUCCCUCUACUUGGCAGCUAAGAGGGCGACCCUCAUGGAAAAGGGGGCGCUAUCGAAAGGCGCUACGAACGAGCAGUUCGAUACUGAAGUCGAUAAGUUAUUGGAGUCAGUGGACGAAGAUAUAAGUAUCAGUGGAGAGCAUAAGACUCCGUCGAGACAGGUGUCCCCCAACCCGCCCGUGUCGGCGUCGCCCGUGACGCGCGCGUCGUUCGCGUCCCGCGCGUCCCCCGAGCGCAACGGGGACGCCUUCGCGCGCGCCGACGAGCAGGAGAAGCUGUUGAAGCACUAGCGCCUCGCCGAGCUCGCCCCACGCGUGGGACUCGUAGGCGAACCUCACACACUUUCUAGUGGGCGAGUUUUGAGCGAGCCGUCGAGGAACCGCUUUGUAUUGGUGAGUGAGCCAGGCGUCGGCCACGAGUGUCACCGUCACCAUCAGGUUACACCACCAACCAUAGACAUUCCUUACAUCGCCAAUGCGCCACCAACCUUGGGAACUAAAAUGUCUCUUGUGCCUGUUACACUGGCUCACUCACCCUUCGAACCGAAACUACAAUACUAGGUACCACAUCGCUGUUUGGCGAUAGAAUGUCUGAUGAGUACCUACCCAGAAGGGCUCGCACAAAGCCCCACCACCAAGUGAUACGAUUAUUCCUCCCUAUAUACCAAAAUCUAUGUACCUCAGUAUUUACUAUACGGUCUCAUUCCUAAUCAUACAUACUUUAAUCGUACUAAAAUUCUCAUCUCCUACGAACAGUUAUUUUUAAAAAAAAAACAAUUAUUUUUUUCUAAGAGAGAAAAAAAUCGCCAAAUUUUUUUUAUACGCAAUGAUAACAUGAGAGUUUUAAGCCCGGUCGUUCAAAAUACGAUCCGUUUUGCUUACGGAUGGUAUAAUUGUCUCGUACAGUAUUGUAUCGAGACGUAAGUAUGUCAUCUAUGUAUCUGUAUAAUUCAAGACGAGCUAUAAGUAAUCUUUCGUUACGGUAUUAUUUAAAAUUUUGAGGAGUUUUUUAGGAAAAAAUAUUUAAACUAAUGAUUAAAAAAUAGGAAAACUUUUAUCGGAAUUUUUUCUCGUGUCUACGAAAUAGUAAAAAUAGAAUUGAUAUAUUUCGACCAAUAUAGCGAAAUCGUUAAAUUAUAUUAAUAAAAAAUACAGGGGGCCUUAGCCAAUAGCAGGGUCUCUGUCUUUAAUAGAAGGCCCCCUGGUAACAGGGGGCUCAAGUUAAUAUUCACUUAAUAUAUUCAUUUUUGAAAUCUAAUACUCAGAAGUGGAGAAAUACAGUUGGUGCACUACACUACUACCCUUUCAUAAAAGCCCCCAGGGGGCCUAGUCAUAACCAAACUUCUUAAGUGGUUAAUUACUUAACAGAAAUUGCCUUAUUCUGUGGCGUUAAACUUCAUCUUAAAAAAUUCCGUCAUUAAUUCUAGUUUAAAUAACGGAUUAUAUAAAAUUAUAUUGUAUUAGUGAUGUAACGACUAUUUAUGUAAGAUUAGGGGAAUAGUGAGUGUAUUAAGGAGUAUUACGACUUUAUGCAAAUUUUAUAACUAACAAAACUAACUAAAAAAAAAACACAAAAAAAAAUAUUUGUACAUCCACGAAUACUAAGUUUGUGUUGAUUAGUUGGUAAUAAUCACAUUGGCGAUCGAUGUCGAUGAUUCGCGUCGCCUUUUCAAAUGAUCGAUAAUCGUUACAUCACUAGCGUCUAUCUAGAUUAAGGAACCGAACAAGGAAUUAGAAAGGAAUGCACUGUUUUUUUAGAUAUAGAAAGCACUUUGUUUAUAAGGGUAAAUAUUCGGCGCGUGUUUUAUUUCGUUCAUUAGAAAGUUCUGAGAACAAUUCUAGAACCUUCUACAGGUAAUUUCAUGCUGAAGCGUUUUCUGAUCGCUCUCUUUAAACCGAUUUGAAUCGUCUGAACAGAUUUCUAAUUAAAAUACAGCAAUAAUAAUCUCCAAUUAACAAAGAACAAUGUAUAAUUUAAAUUAAUUAAUUUAAAAAAUAUACUGAACCAGUUCUGAUGGUAUACUUAACACGCGUCGCAUCGUAGUACUUACUCAAAGCCAAAAUAAUAAAUAUUCGAUAAGUUAGACCUUAGCGCUUGUAUUAUAGUUUCGUGUCGCGAUUUUAUUUAUUCGAAUGGUCGUUUAUUUGUAUUUCGAAUGGAAUAUUCGACGUGGUAUUUUAAUUUCGUUAAAAGUGUAUGUCUGUUUGUGUGAUUUUUGUCAUUGGCCGGAAGAUACGCGACUGACUAGUGUUGGUCCUCUGCGGGCCGGAUACACAUUACGAGUCAGAUUAUUUAUACAUAGAGUAAAACAAUGAGCUUUAUUAUCUCGGUGUGUAUGUCAGCUACGCUAGAAACUUGCAAUCCGGCCGGAUUCGACCGGAUUCCCAUCGAACCGACCGGAUCCGACCUACAUUAACGAUGUAAUCUAAUCAAGCCUAGAUUAAAGAGUUUUUAACAAUUAGAAGCGCAUUCAAAGUGUCUACUCGUGCAACAGUUAACAGUUCUAUCGUUUUGGCAAAAUUGCUAGCACCGGUACGCGUAUUGGUACCGGAUCCGGUAGACUUAUAAUGAUGCCGGAUCCGUUUCUCCGGAUUGCAAUCCCUACUUGACACUCGCCAAUCAUACUACUGUACUAGUGGGCGUGUCUUGGCCACUACCUUUGGUGACUCGUUCUCUGCUCUGAUAAUCUCGACAUAUGUAUAAAUAAUCAAAGCAUUAUACAGGUUUGAAAUUGUGUGAUUGGCAAAAGUGAACUCUAUUUACAAUGCAAUAUUGUUUAAAGUCCUGAAUCAUAGUUGCCAAGCGUUGAUCGCGUGGUCGACGCGCCGUCGAAUCCGUCACCUUGCAGAACUUCCUCAUGCAACCGCAGUCUUUACAAACAAUAAGUUAGACCGCUCAGUGUCUUGAUUUGAAUUCGCGGUAUUCGGCAUUAUUUUUUUUCUUUUUAAUUUGUGACAUUUUCACCCAAAUCGAUUAGUUUUUAUCGAUUUUAUUUUGACAUAACAAGUUACUUAAUUGGUGCUUAUUUUGAUAAUACAAUUUAGAACUUAGCAUCGUUCCUAUAAUUUUAGUCUGAUUUUUAAUUUUGAACAUGGCAAGUUUACUUAAUUUUUUUUUCUUUUGUGAUAUUUAUAUUUUGAUUUAUGUAAUGCGACUGUUAUAACUUUAAUGAGUUUUUCGAUUCGUGAAAACUAACCAUAAAUUAAUAAAAUAUUUCAAUGCAUUUUUACACAAAGCGAUGUAUAUUAUUUUUGUAUUAGAAAGAUUGAAAAUAAUUUAACUGUGUGUCUUUAUAACUUGAAAAAUGUAAUCAUGAUUUAAGAAUUAUCAAAUAACCGCUAUAAUGAACAAUCUUUUACAUUUUAAAUUGUUUAUAGUCUUCUUUUUUUUUCGAGAUGUAUAAAAUGUCUAUGUCGUUAAAUAUUGAUUUAUCUGUGGCGUUAAAGUUUAAAGGCUCUACGACUUAGGCCUAAAUAAAAAUAAAAUCAAUUUAAUGAAUUCAAGACAAUAAUAUUUUUACUUUUCAAUCGUUUAAUAUUUUAAUUGCAACACUAUAUAUAUUUUAGUAAGGAUGUAAAAAGUGAUAUCUUUAGAUCUGUUUUUUUUUUUUAAUUUGUAAUAUUCUCGUUUAAUGACAAAGGAAGCAAAUGAUACGUCCAAGUACUGCGUAAUGUAAUCAUAAUUGUACAUGCAUCCUUCACAAGACGCUCAACAGAGUUAAUCGUGAAAAUAAUGUUUAUUGAAAGGCUUUAUUAUUAAAGAGACGUCAGUUAUGAGGGCGAGGGUACACCUCCCUAUAUACCUACUUAAGUCUGCUUACGUAGUACUUGCAGACAGUGUCGUACCAGUGCUUAACAAUAUAAAUAAUUUAAUUAGCCCUAAUUACAGUUGUAAUAAUAUUCAGUGGUUAUCGUUGUGUUGCUUGGUUUCUGUGUUAACGUAGAAUGGAUUGGGUGUUCAUUUAAUACAUUAUAUAAAUAAUAUAUCAUGUAUUCGAAUAUAUC